AUGUCAUGCAUGAAGUUAGGAUCUAAAUCGGAAGUUUUUCAUCUCGACGAGGAUUCGAAAACCUGGAUUUGCUCGUCUGGCCUUCCAAGCGAUGUUACCAUUGAAAUUGGAGACGUUUCAUUCCAUCUGCACAAGUUCCCGUUAUUAUCUAGAAGCAAAACGUUGGAAAAUCUCAUUGGGGAUUCUUCGGAUGAUGAAAAAGGGAUAAAGCUUGAGGAUGAGAAACAAUCUUGUGUUCUUAAACUUCAUGAUUUACCGGGAGGGCCGAAAACCUUUUUGCUCGUUGCUAAGUUCUGCUAUGGGGUCAAACUAGAAGUCAACUCAACGAAUGUGGUUCCUCUUCGAUGUGCAUCUGAGUAUCUUCAAAUGACUGAAGAGUAUGGAGAAGGAAAUCUCAUAAAUCAUAUGGAAACCUUCCUUGGUGAAGUGUUUGGCAGCUGGAUCGAUACCCUGAAGGCGCUCGAUUCGUGUGAUGAAGUGAUGCAGCAUGCCGAAGAGCUUCAUAUAGUUUCGAGAUGUGUUAAUUCUCUUGCUUUAAAAGCCUGUGCGUAUGAUAAAGAUUUGUUUGGUUGGCCUGUUUCGAGCACGAAAAAUGACCCUUUUGCCACUGUCAUCUGGAAUGGAAUCCAAAGCUCUUCAACGAACCAAGAUUGGUGGUAUGAGGAUGUUUCGAAGCUGAGAUUACCUCUUUACAGGAGAUUCAUCUUGGCCGUUGAUUCAAGAAGUAUGGAUCAAGAACAGAUAGCCGGGUCUCUCAUGUUCUACGCGAAAAAGCAUCUUCCUUUACUCGGCAGACAACCAAGCUUUCCAAACAGCAAUCUUUGUUCUUCUUUCGAUUCAAAUUCAGAUCAAAAGACGCUUCUUGAAGAGAUAGUUGACUUGCUCCCGAGUCAAAAGCGGAUCGUUCCCACGAAGCUCCUCCUCAGGCUGCUACGAACAUCGAUGAUUUUACAUUGUAGCCCUCUGUGUCGUGGGGAUUUGGAAAGACGAAUUGGGUUGGAGUUGGAUCAAGCAUCCAUUGAAGAUAUUCUCAUUCCGAAUAUGGGUUAUUCAAGCGAGACGCUUUAUGAGAUCGAUUGCGUCCAACGAAUGCUUGAUCAUUUUGUGGUCGUAUACCGGGAUCGGGAUCAGGAUCAGGAUCAGGAUGGAAGUGAAAUUACUGAAUCGGGUUGUUUAGUGGACAAUGAUGAUGAUGAAUUGAUGGGGAAUUCUCACUCGCUUACGCCGAUGACAAUGGUGGCUAAUCUUGUCGACAACUAUCUUGCUGAGGUGGCUUCUGACGUUAACUUAAAGCUCGAAAAGUUCCGGACCUUGGCUGCCACCGUUCCCGAAUACGCAAGGGCAAUGGAUGAUGGAAUGUACCGCGCCAUCGAUAUAUAUCUCAAGGCUCAUCCAUGGCUGACGGAUUCAGACCGGGAACUAGUCUGCAGGCUCAUGGACUGCCAGAAACUGUCGUUAGAAGCCAGCACUCAUGCCGCUCAAAACGAGCGGCUACCGCUUCGGUUCAUAGUCCAAGUUCUCUUCUUCGAACAGCUGCGGCUGCGGACGUCCGUAUCCGGUUGCUUGUACCUCUCCGACAACUACAACUCGCAGAUCCACCUGAGCAGCAGCAUGAUGCUGCCGGAAAGUGGGAAUGUCAACCUGUUGACCGCAGGAGAAAACGAUCGGCGGAUCGUGGCGGUUGACGACAUGCGGGAUCGAGUUUCCGAGCUCGAGAAAGAAUGUUUUACCAUGAAAAAAGAGAUCGAUAAACUCGUUAAGACUAAAGGGAUCAGUUGGAACAGUCUGUGUAAGAUGUUCGGGAUCAGGCUAAGGUUGAAGUCAAAGACUCGGGACGCUUGUGCGUCGAGCAAUGACCCUGGCGGCAAGCGGGCGGCGUCACCGGCAAGAAUAAAAGAUGGUCGGAAAGGAAAGAAUCAAGAUCAAGAAAAUGGUGAAUCGGGUGGUCGAAAUUAGAAUGAGGAUUAAAUAAAUUUAGGGUUAAAUUCUUUUUGUAAUUUGAGUCUCGAACAAAUUGGGAGUCGUCAGAGUUGUUGGUUAAUGAUGAUGAUGCUGUAAUUAAGUUGUAGAUUUUGGUUUAUUUUUUU